AGGGCUGGUGAGAACCCCCACGACCCACCCCAGGGUGGCGGCCCCUACCUACACACACACGGCAGCGUGCACACACUGGCAUGGACACACUUCACUCACUGGAGAGGAAAUACCUGUACUCCGACUAUGUCACUGCUGGCCUCAACUCCCCACCUGAAGAUGCCGGAAUUUGGGAAAGUGUUGCAAAACUUGUUGCUGUCGGGAGUUACGUAGCUGCUUUACAAGAGCCAGAGUGUCAACUUGCACUUGGAAGUGAUAUCAAGAAACAGAGGACAGCAGGAGUCUCCAUCAAAGAUCACUACAAAGAAGUUUUAUCUUCUUACCUAUAUAAGGGAGGAUCUGAUAAGCAACAUGUCGUACUGUGCAUUGGCUUGUCGUCACUUAUGCUGUUUACUCAAAACAACUUCACUGGACCAAUUAUUGGUCCAUUACCCAGUACCUUACUGCCAGGUUUGACAAUUGAGGGCCAAAAUGAGGAGAAAAUCAAAGAGGAAGCAUUAGAAUCACUAGUAGGAGACUCUGAAGGAGUUUACAACUUGUUGUAUGGGCCUGAGUACCUAUUGUUGGCCAAUCUUAUUCUUGUUGAUCUCCGGCCAUUCUUGCCAACAUGCUUGACAAUAGAUUGGUGGUGUUUCCGCUGUGCUCUCCUGCAUCAGAGAGUAGCUGAAGAGCGAUCUCCUCAGCUGUAUGAGAUACUCUUACAGGCUCUCAACCAAGUUGAAAACAAUCAACAGUUGGUAAAUAUCAGUGUGUCAAGAGACUUGACAGCUCUUUAUCAUCUAGAAGCUGGGCAUCUCCACUUAUAUUUUUAUGAUGUUGGACGAGCUGGUGAUCAUUUUAAAAAAGCUGCACAGGCCCUGGAGAUUGAAAUUGACUUAUCAGGGGCCCUUGGGAAAAGAACAAAGUGGCAACAAGAGGACCGGCCACAGUUGGUCACUAAAGUAGAAUAUAAAGGACAACCAUUAAUGAACAAUGAGCUCCCAGGCAAUAAUCUUCUUCCUACUGACCUUCCCAAAGAUGUUCUUCUCAAUGAUGAUAUUAGACUUCAUAAAAUUAAGUUUCAGGAGCAAGAUGAUGAUGUUAUCCCUGAUUUAAGACCAAUUGAACAAGCAUUAAUUUUGUCCACAGUCACUCACAAGAGACGGUCAUCAGCAGCUGAUCUGCAGCUCGAUCAGGAGACAAAGGCAUACGUUGUGGCACUCCUUCAAUAUCCGAAGAACUGGUGUUUCCAAAUGUCUGCUUUACUGUUAAGAUCUCGUGUGGAGGCUACUGAGACAAGAGCAAUGGAACGUUCACUGCAUCAAGUGGAGGAGCUAUUAGCAGCUGUAAAUCGAUCCGAACCAUCUAGAUAUGAGAGACUGAAGCUCUUUUCUACUUCAUUAGUAAUCCCUCAUUGGGAAUUACAACAAGAAUUAGCCAAGAUGCUGAUGAGAUUAGGAUGUAUCAAGACAGCUCUUGAAGUUUUUGAGCGUCUUCAGCUUUGGGAGGAUGCUAUUACAUGCUAUAAUGAGCUGCAAAUGCGUCAGCGAUCUGCUGAAGUGGUAAGAAAUCAGUUGAAGAAAGGAGAAACCCCAAAAUUGUGGUGCCUGUUAGGUGAUGCUACCGAUGAUAUUGAAAAUUACAAGAAAGCUUGGGAAUUGUCCAACCACAAAAGUGGAAGAGCUCAGCGAAGCUUGGGAAAUUAUUACUAUGUAAGGAAGGACUACAACAAUGCUAUUUUGCAUUAUGAAAAAAGCAUUGAAAUCAACAAGUUGCAAUUCCCUGUGUGGCAGAGACUAGCUUAUUGUGCCUUGCAGGUUGAAGACUGGGAAAAAUGUGCUCAGGCAUAUAGAAGAUGUAGUGUGUUAGAGCCAGAUAGUUUUGAAGUUUGGAACAACAUGAGUCAAGCAUAUCUGAAAUUGGAUCAAAAACCACGAGCAUGGAAAGCUCUCCAAGAAGCGUUGAGGUGUAAAGUCGACUCUUGGCGACUGUGGGAUAACUUCAUGCUUGUAAGUACAUCUUUGGGCUAUAUGUCACAUGCAUUGAAUGCUUACAAUCGCAUUUUAACAAUGAAGGAACGUCAUGUCGACACACAGAUCAUUGGACGCAUAGUAAAAGCUAUAGUAGAGGGUCAGGUGGAUCCUGAAGGACGUGAGGUACGGGGACUAUAUAAAAGAUGCUCAGAGCUGCUUGGCCGAUUGACUAGUGAGGUACCAACAAACCCAGAACUGUGGUACCUGUAUGGCAUUCUUACUCGGGCAAAUACAGAACCAAGCCCUGAAACUCGUCACUUAGCUAUGCAACAGUUCAAGAAGGCUGUGGCAGCAACUACACAAAAAGCAGGCUGGGAGAAAGACACAAUUACAGCAGUAGCUGUGUUGCAUCGGUCUGCAUGCUUAAUAGAUGCAGCUCUAGCAGCCACAGAUGGUGUGAGUGCCAAAGUAGCUGUGGCUGAUCUUAACUCUGUAAAAAUGUCUGUACGUGGAGCAGUGUUGGGAACUCGAAGAGGUCAAGUAAUUGUAGCCACAGGUCAAGUGUUGGAAGAAGUGCAAGAACCGCUCAAGAAAGUAGAAGAGACAUUAGAUAUACUGAUGCAAAAGCUGGAAGAAAUUAAAUUACAGACAUGAUUACUACAGCUUUGGGUAGACAGUGAAGAAUUUUGCUGUUGAACCAAAUAUUUUAUAUUAGCUGUUCUUAAUCACUUCAAGUAGUGAUUGUUUUAUAUUAGGGCUAAACAAUGUGAUAAGAGAUUUUGACUGCUGUACUGUACUCUUGCCAAGUCUGUACACUGCUGUGGAUAUUUACAUUAUUAAAGACAAUUUAAUAUAAA